GGACCUUCUGACAGGGACUGGAAAAAAUGAGUCGGCACAGGGAGAUAGAGUAUUCAACUUCAGAAUAGUGCACAUAGAUGGAAUGCUGGCAAUUUUGCUGAUCAGCACGAUCGUCUCCGCGUCAGCCAGUCACUUGGCCCACCCACUCGCAUUCUAUUCGCCGGUAGCUGCCCCCUUCUUCAGAACACAGUACCAUACGCAGGCCACGUACCCGUCACCGGUUGUCUACUACAACGGAUACCCGAGCGUGUACGCCGCGGCGGCGCCGGCACCGGUGGCGCCUCUGGCCUACGCCCCUGCUUUCCCGGCACCAGUGGCCAGUCAGUAUCACUCGCAAAACCACCUCGGAGAGGCGUCCUACGGAUACGCUUUCCCGGGACAAGCGCACUCCGCAGUCAGGGACGCCUUGGGUGGCGUCACUGGAGCUUACCAGUACAUCGACGCUGAGGGAAAACCAGUCUACGUGAAUUACAGAGCCGACUCAGAAAAAGGAUUCCAGGUCAGCUCAAAUGUGCUCCCAGUCGCCCCAAAGGUUGACCUCGUACAGCCAGUUCAUGAUCAGGAAGGACCAGAGCCCGUGCAGGACACCCCAGAAGUGAAAGCAGCCAAGGAAGAGCACCAGAAGGCAGUGGAGGCAGCCAAGGCCCACGCAGACUACCAAGCGGAAGAGACGAAAUCCAGGCGGAAGCGCAGCGCCAUCUUCUACCACGGGUUGCCCGCCGUCCCGCACCCCGUGUACCCGGCAUUCUACCCGCAACCCUACGCGUACUCGGCCCCGUUCGUCCCGGUCGUCAAGACCCUGGCCUACAAAACCCUCACCCCGAUCGAAGGCACCCCGGCAUCCACUUACAAAUUCGACCUCAUUUUCUUCGUGGAACGGGGGAAAAACUCGCCAGACAUGCUUGAAAUUACAAAAGCGCUCGCAUCACCUCGCAGACAAUCCCACGACCCAGUUUUCUUCUCGCACGUCCGUCACUACGAUUUCCGGGGAAAUCUUUCCGGCUUCCACCUGGACCAAGAUGAGUUUCCUAUGGAAGAUGGUGCGAAGCGGGGGUUGCGAGUCGAGACGGAAGCAGGGCAACGAUGUGCGUGGUUGCCCCAGUCGGGCAUCGUUCCCCGGAUUGUGAUAUACGACAACCAUACGUUUCCCUUCCUAAAGAAAUGUCCGGAGGAAGUGGUGCAACGGGGCAAGGCAAAGGUGGAAAGUGCAAAAUAUGCGGCAAAGACACAACCCUCAACUGUAGCCUUUGCCACAACGUUUACUACUGCACCAGGGACCAUCAGAAGGAUGCAAGACUGGACGACGCACAAGAAGCAGUGUGUGGCCUACAAAAUCGAGGACUCGGAGGAUCUCGGAAAACACCUGAUCGCCAUUCGCCCCGUCGAACAGGGCGAGGAGGAACCACUGGUUUUAGGACCUCAGCACCUGGCCGAAAAAGACGACAUGUGUGUAGUGUGCUUUAAAAUGGUGGACGAACCGGUUCCUUGUUCUGGCUGUGGAUUCCCGCUUUGCAGUGCAGAUUGCAGUCAAGCCAAACGUCAUCAAUCAGAAUGCCUUCUAUUCCAGGUGAACCACAUGGACUUCAAAGACCCCGAAUUGGUGGACAAGUUCUUCGGACUAGUUACGAUGCUCAGAGUACUGUUCAUGGACCUCGAUGGGUCCUCGUCUUGGGAACACAUUACGGAAAUGGAGUCCCACUUGGAGGAGCGAGAAGAGACUGGUGAGACCGGGAUGGUGACCGAGCAAAUCAUGAGCGUGCUGGACGAACAAUUCCAGUCCACCAAGUUCACCGAGGACAAGGUGCAGCUCGUGUGCGGGAUCCUGGGAGUGAAUUCUUUCGAGAUCCCGAUCCCGGACACGGAAUACACUAUUCAGGGACUUUACUUGAUGUCCUCCAGAAUUCAGCACGACUGCGUGCCAAACGUAAUCAGAUCAACGUCAGGACCAGAUACCGGAUUCACGGUAACGAUCAGAGCAGCUGUGGCAGUGAAGAAAAACGAGACUUUCGCCAUAAGUUACGCGGACAGUUUAUGGCCAACUUACAAACGAAGGGACUACCUGAACGAGUCCAAGUAUUUCAGCUGUUAUUGCGGAAGAUGCGUCGAUCCAACAGAACUCGGAACGUAUCUGAGCGGGAUCCGCUGUUUGCAAUGCAAGGAUGGUUGGAUAAUCCCGAUUGACCCGUUCGACGGGGACUCUGAUUGGUGUUGCGAAACGUGCAAGAGCACUGCGAAACGCGAAACCACUUUCGAAAUGAACUCCUUCCUCGAAGAGGUAGUGGACGAUCUCGAGUCGGAUUCGUCAGACGACCCAAUCAAAACAUACGAAGACUUCGUGAGAAAAUACAGCCCGAUGCUGGCGCCGACGCAUCACCAGCUCAUCGACGUGAAGCACACGUUGACUCAGCUGUACGGAAACCGACCCGGCUACACGUUCCCAGAGCUCAAGAAACCGCAACUGGCGCAGUUGCAAAAAUACUGCCGCCAGGUUCUCGAGGUUGCCAACGUCCUCACGCCAGUUUCAGCAGCGCAAGGGAUCUCGCGGCUGAGAAGCACGACGUUGUAUCAACUACACCGUGCACUCGUUGCAGAGGCUAAGCUGGUUAAAAAUGCGUCCGACAAGAAGACUGUCGCGGCGAAAGCCAAAGAGGGACUCGAAUGCCUUCAAGAAGCAACAAGUCUGCUCGAAUACGAACAAACGCACACGGAGGAGGGCAAGCUCUUUGAAAGGGCCAGCAAAGAGCUCGAGGAGCUAAAAGCCUGGGUAUCCACGUUGUGAAAAAAAAGAAAAACCCCAGGAAUAUUUUUUGUUUCUCUUCUUCUUGCAUUUAAUUUUCUAUCCUCUUGUUCGCUUUACUAGCGACUCGGAAACUAGUUCCACGCCAUUUCUUUCAAACGAACGUCGCGCAGUGCAAGCAUCAACUUGUUGGAAAUAAAAACGGCAAAAAUGUGUGAGAAAAAAAUAAAUAAACGAAAAAAAA